ACUCUUUGAAGAUGAUACUUCAAAAUAUGUUGAUUUUUGAGAUCCAAAUUGGUAAAAUUACCCAUCGGCCAAGAAACUCUCUCUUGCGGAAGGCGCCAUCUUCCAGCAAUCAGGACUCUCUGCCCAAGCGCUAAACCUUUAUAAAAUUCCCUUUGAAAUUUCUGAAACCCUAAUCCCAAAAUCCCCAAUUUCUCUGCACUCGAAAUCUCAAUUAGGUCAAUUAGGUCAGGUUGAAGGAAGCGAAAGGGGGGAAAACAGAAUCAAGAAAAUGGGCAUAAUAAGGAGCGGGUUCUCGUUCAUGAUGGGCACAGCUUUCGGUGUGUACGCAGCCCAGAAUUACAACGUACCCAAUAUCAAGAAGCUCUUCAACACAGGGCUUCUCAUCGCCAAGCACAUCGAGGAGAAUUACCGCAAGCCCAAGAAACGCGACGACGAUGAAUAGAGAGAGAGAGAGAUAAAGAUCGAUGUUUGUUUAAUGUUUGCCGCAAUGCCCACUAUGUGUUCGUAGAAUUUCCUGGUAGCUUUUUUUUUUUUUUUUUUUUUUGUUGAUUUUCCGUUUUACGAAUAGGAGGUUUAAAAUGUUUAGUGGUGUUGAGAAACUUUGUGUUCUUGAAAUUUUGGUAUUUUACUAUUGUUUUGUUGACUGAUGAUGCUCAAUCAAUGGAAAUUCGUUGGAGAUUGAUGUUUUUGGUUUUUCAUCGAAUAUAUGUUUCGGGUUCGAUAAACUUCAGUGUGUUGCUA